UGGUUCAUACUUCCGGUAAAGAUGGCUGUAUAAACAGGCGAAAGGGUUUUUUUUUCUUUCCAGAAUCACUAACUCCAAAAAUUACAUAACUACAUGAAAACGAACUUCUUAAAAUGAGAAUUUUACGUUUCGCAAACAACUCGGUGCAAAAUCUAGCGUUUUCGAUGUUGGCAGGACUGAGAGUUUAAUAGCCGUUGCUAUGGGUUGAGCUGUGACUACUUAGCCAGUUAAAAUUUGCAACACGAAGUUGAGGUGCAUGCAUAUUCUGUAAUGUGAAAAAAAGUUAAUUCGCAAGGCGCCGUUGCGUGAUGAAAACUACUGUAAUUUAACAAUGCUGACUUGAAAUGUGAAGCUGUGUUUUUUUUUCUCUGUUGAAAAAUAUUUAAUUUCUUUACCAAUUCGGUCGUGCAUACACAAUGGCUGCCUACUGCGGGUCUAGCGGUCAGACAGAGGUACUUGAUGGGGAUUUCUCCGUGACAAUGGCAGAUUCACGCGGAAGUGUGAACCAGCCGGUGACACCAAGUUUCGAGAUAUUCGGACAAGUCUGGAGCGUGCAGGCGAGGCUUGGGCAGGGCGUUUCAGCUUCGGUUUACCGUGUUACCUCGGAGAGAUCCGCCUCUGCGGCUGUAAAAGAGUUUCAGGUGGAUACACAGGGUGGGGAUUACGGGUAUCACAAAGAGAGAACAAUACUUGAAGACAUCCAAGGACACAGAAAUAUUGUUUCCUUGUAUGGAGUUUUUACAAAUAACUACACUCCAAAUACAUCUACUCACUGCCUUCUUCUGGAAUUGCUUGAUGUCAGUGUCUCAGAGCUGCUGAUGCGGUCCAGCAACCACAGACACUCCAUGUGGAUGAUCCAGCACUGCGCCAGAGAUAUUCUUGAGGCACUUUGUUUUAUGCAUCGGGAAGGUUAUGUGCAUGCUGACCUGAAACCACGUAAUAUCUUAUGGAGUGCAGAUGAUGAGUGCUUCAAGUUAAUUGAUUUUGGGCUUAGUUUCAAGGAGGGAAACCAGGAUGUAAAAUACAUCCAGACUGACGGGUACAGAGCCCCUGAGGCAGAGAUUCAAAACUCUGUGGCUCAGGCUGGUUUGGAAAGUGAUACAGAAUGUACUUCAGCUGUUGACCUAUGGAGUCUUGGAAUCAUUUUACUGGAAAUGUUCUCAGGAAUAAAACUGAAAGAAACAGUUAAAUCUUGGGAAUGGAAGGCUAAUAAUUUUACUGUAAUAGACAAUAUCUUUGCCAGUAAAACUGUGGUUGGGUCUGCUAUUCCAAUCUAUCACCUAAGAGACCUCAUUAAAACAAUGCUUCAUUGUGACCCAAGGCAAAGAACCACAGCAGAAAAGGCACUGUCCAGCCCUUUCUUCAGCAUCCCCUUUGCACCACAUAUUGAAGAUUUAGUCAUGCUUCCAACACCUGUACUGAGACUGCUUAAUGUCAUCAAUGAUAGCCAUCUUCAGAAUGAGGAGGAAUAUGAAGACAUUGUUGAAGAUAUGAAAGAGGAAUGUCAGAAAUAUGGAGCAGUGGUUUCUUUGUUGAUUCCAAAGGAAAAUCCCGGCAAAGGCCAGGUUUUUGUUGAGUAUGCAAAUGCUGGUGACUCCAAAGAAGCUCAAAAGUUGCUGACUGGGAGAACAUUUGAUGGGAAGUUUGUUGUGGCCACUUUCUAUCCAUUGAGUGCCUAUAAGAGGGGAUACUUGUACCAAACUGUGCAAUGAAUUUGCAAAUACAAUCAUUUAAAUACCUGUGAUCAAAAUUGUAUAUUUCAGAAAUAUGCAAACUGCAUACAAAACGAAUUCCACAUUCAUAGUUUAUCUUACUUGCACUGAUCCAAAUUAGGCCAACUGACCCUUGUAAUUACUUAAUGUGAAAAGAUGGUAUUUAUUGAACUGUACUUGCAACUUGGAAUAGAAGACUUAUGAGGUAAAACAUUUUGUUUAGCAUUAAAAUGUAUACACAAUGGCUAAAAUAAAAUGUAUAAUUUAUGCUUCCUGCGACACGUUUUGCAUUACUGACACAAAAUGUAAAAGUUAACAUAUUUUUGUAGCUCUAUCCUAGAAAAAAAAUUACCCUGCCCUUCAUUUCUGCUUUGCACCAGAUUACAUUGUUAGAGGUCUUGCCUUCCUAGUACUGAAAACACUAUAGUGUUUUCCAAUGCUGUCUUAAAACUUCACCCUGUUUCUGUUCCAAGUUUGUUUUACUAGCUGCUGUACGUAUUCUGGCAUACAAUAUUUACAAAACAGAUUCAAAAGCUGUUGAACUACAUUCAUUCAUGUUUAAUGCAUUCAUUGAACUGUAAAAGCACCUGGAAACACACAGGUGUUGGAUAAAUAAGAGUUCUGAACAGUGUUAAAGUUAAUUUAAUGAAUUGUGCAUCCAUCUAAGGAAACGGGUAUCCACUGUCUCAAUUAAACAUACUACAAGGCUGAUUUGUACUAUCUAUGGUCACUAACAUUAUUGUUGUAUAAAUAGAGAUCUGUAGAUAGACUGUGUACUUGUGUAGUGGUUAUUUUUACAAAACGUGAGGGAUGUAAUCUAUAAAUAAAAUACUAUAAUAUUG